UAUAUAUACACACAUACAUAUUUCCCAACUCUUUCAAACCCCCAAGUGUUCAAAACAUUUAAGACACAACACAUGGCUUCUGACCUCAAAACCAGUUUCCUUCUGGUUCCUCUCGCAGUGUCUCUGCUUCUUGCUGCUUCCUCCUCGUCCGCAAGAUUCCACACGAAACUUACGGAUCCCGAAAUCAAAGCAAUCUGCUUCGAGUCGGAUAAUGCGAGGUUUCGCUACGAGUUCUUCACCGCAAAAGCGGAUCUUCCCGGCCUCGUCAAACUCGCCAUCAGUUCCGCCCGCCAUAUUGCUUCGGGAACACGGAAUCAGAUCGAGUCUCUCGCCCAGAAAGCGUCCGAUCCUCGUUCGAAGAAGGUCUAUACAUCGUGCUCGAAGAAUUUCGAAGAUGCUAAAACGAUUUUAGACGAUGCCCUCAAGGCUUUGCCGGCAGGCGACAAAGACGCAUUGAGCGUCAAAGUCUCGGAUGCGAAGAUGGAAUCAGACACGUGUAAAAGAGAUUUGACCAGUGUCUCGCCCGAUCCGUCCUCGGUCCGGAAGGAAAUCGAAUAUCUCGAGGAUGUGUCUGCCGUUGCAUUGGUCGUUAUAAGGGCCUGUCUAGAUCUAUGUAUAGGAUAAGCCGGUUCGAUGG